AAAGACCGACUACAGCUAAACAAGAGACACAGCAGCACUAGCAACAGCAGAGCAGGAGCAGCUGGUAUUCCGGUGAUUAAAUAGUUCUCAUAGCCUUUUUGCUGUACUCGGUCUGCUCCCUGGUGUAAUUCUCGUGUCCAAGAAGGAAGCUGCAUUUUAACGGUGUGCUGAACAGAGGUUUGAAUCAUUCCAGCUGGCUGCUUGUUUUGAAAAGGACAAUGUGUAUAUAAAUAAAAGGACUCUGCUGGAAGAGUUCAGAUACUGAGACUGGAGCUAGAGAGUGCUCUUGGAAUAUUGUUGAGGCAGAUUGCAUGAACUGAAAGCUCCUUCUAAUUAACCUGGAGCCAAGUGAACCUGAAUACUGGAUAUCUCAUGUUCUAACUCGGCAUAAAUUCAAGUUAGGAAAAGACAAAAUAUUGAAAUGCUUCUCUAGAUUAUGCUUAGAGGAUUCUGCAGCAAUUCUUGGUAUUGGACAUAUUCAAAAUCUUCUCAACUUAUGUCUUCCCUGUCCAUUGCCUUCCAGCUUUAACUCAGUUGUGUUCCCUUCAAACAUUUUACAUGAUUUGCAAUGGUUACAUGAACUUUGGGGAAGUGAUAUUUGCAACAUCUCAUACUUUAUUCACUAUGGCACUUUAGGAAACGAAACUGGGAAAAGCCUACCAAAAUAUUAUUUUAGAAAAUGAAUCUGAUUGUGAAACUUCGGAGAAGUUUUCGAACAUUGAUUGUUCUCUUAGCUACCUUUUGCUUGGUGAGCAUUGUCAUUUCUGCCUAUUUUCUCUACUCUGGCUACAAACAGGAAAUGACACUUAUUGAAACCACCGCAGAGGCAGAAUGUGCUGACAUCAAAAUUCUACCAUAUCGGUCGAUGGAGCUGAAAACAUUUAAACCUAUUGAUACAUCCAAAACAGACCCAACUGUUCUUCUCUUUGUGGAGAGCCAAUACUCUCAACUCGGUCAAGAUAUCAUAGCUAUUUUGGAGUCCAGCCGAUUUCAGUACCACAUGGUUAUUGCUCCUGGAAAGGGAGAUAUACCUCCUCUCACAGAUAAUGGCAAAGGGAAAUAUACUUUAGUGAUUUAUGAAAAUAUUCUGAAGUAUGUCAGCAUGGACUCAUGGAAUCGAGAGCUUUUGGAAAAAUACUGUGUGGAAUACAGUGUUAGUAUAAUCGGUUUUCAUAAAGCCAAUGAGAACAACUUACCAAGUACACAAUUAAAAGGCUUUCCGUUAAAUCUUUUCAAUAAUCUAGCUCUAAAGGACUGUUUUGUUAACCCUCAAUCUCCUUUGCUGCAUAUUACCAAAGCCCCUAAGGUUGAGAAAGGUCCUCUUCCUGGGGAAGACUGGACUAUUUUCCAAUACAAUCAUUCAACCUACCAGCCUGUACUUUUAACUGAAUUACAGACAGAAAAAUCCCUUUCAUCCUUGUCUAGCAAAACACUCUUUGCAACGGUGAUUCAGGAUCUGGGUCUUCAUGAUGGAAUUCAGCGAGUACUUUUUGGCAACAACUUAAACUUUUGGCUACACAAGCUCAUCUUCAUAGAUGCCAUCUCCUUCUUGUCAGGGAAGAGGCUGACAUUGUCCUUGGACAGGUACAUCCUUGUGGACAUUGAUGAUAUAUUUGUUGGGAAAGAGGGAACAAGGAUGAAUGUCAAAGAUGUGAAGGCAUUACUAGAGACUCAAAAUUUACUGCGCACUCAGGUUGCAAAUUUUACCUUCAACCUUGGAUUUUCAGGGAAGUUUUACCACACAGGGACUGAAGAGGAAGAUGAAGGGGAUGACCUUUUACUUCGGUCUGUGGAUGAAUUCUGGUGGUUUCCUCACAUGUGGAGCCACAUGCAACCCCACCUCUUCCACAAUGAGUCAUCUUUAGUAGAGCAGAUGAUUCUCAACAAGGAAUUUGCACUGGAACAUGGAAUACCAAUCAACAUGGGCUAUGCUGUGGCCCCACAUCACUCAGGGGUCUACCCGGUUCACAUUCAGUUGUAUGCAGCUUGGAAGAAGGUCUGGGGUAUUCAAGUCACCAGCACUGAAGAAUAUCCACAUCUGAAACCUGCCCGGUACAGAAAGGGCUUCAUUCACAAUAGCAUCAUGGUCCUCCCUCGACAGACUUGCGGGUUGUUCACUCACACUAUUUUCUACAAAGAAUAUCCAGGAGGACCCCAAGAACUGGAUAAAAGUAUCAGAGGAGGUGAACUUUUUCUCACAAUACUUCUAAACCCAAUCAGCAUUUUCAUGACCCAUUUGUCAAACUAUGGAAAUGAUCGCCUAGGGUUAUAUACGUUUGUGAACUUGGCCAACUUUGUGCAGAGCUGGACCAAUCUGAAAUUGCAAACUCUGCCUCCAGUACAACUGGCCCACAAGUACUUUGAGCUCUUUCCUGAGCAGAAAGACCCUCUAUGGCAGAAUCCUUGUGAUGAUAAACGACACAAAGACAUCUGGUCCAGAGAGAAAACUUGUGAUCACUUACCAAAAUUUCUAGUAAUUGGUCCACAAAAAACAGGAACAACUGCACUUUAUUUAUUUCUUCUUAUGCAUCCUUCAAUCAUCAGCAAUCUCCCUAGUCCAAAGACAUUUGAAGAAGUUCAGUUCUUUAAUGGCAACAACUAUCACAAGGGAAUAGACUGGUAUAUGGACUUUUUUCCUACACCAUCCAAUACCACGAGUGACUUUCUGUUUGAAAAGAGUGCUAAUUACUUCCAUUCAGAAGAAGCUCCCAAGCGAGCUGCAUCUCUCGUUCCCAAAGCCAAGAUCAUCACCAUCCUCAUUGACCCCUCAGACAGGGCGUACUCUUGGUACCAGCACCAACGAUCACAUGAAGAUCCAGCUGCCCUGAGGUUCAAUUUCUAUGAAGUUAUCACAACAGGACAUUGGGCCCCAUCUGACUUAAAAACUUUGCAGAGAAGAUGCCUAGUACCUGGAUGGUAUGCAGUCCACAUAGAAAGAUGGCUAACUUACUUUGCUACUUCUCAGUUGCUAAUUAUUGAUGGACAGCAGCUGAGAUCUGACCCAGCUACUGUGAUGGAUGAAGUCCAGAAGUUUCUGGGAGUUACACCUCAUUAUAAUUACUCUGAAGCACUAACGUUUGAUCCCCAAAAGGGUUUUUGGUGUCAACUACUGGAAGGAGGAAAGACAAAAUGCCUUGGAAAAGGCAAAGGCAGAAAAUAUCCACCUAUGGAUCCAGAGUCUAGAAGUUUCCUCUCUAAUUACUACCGAGAUCAUAACGUGGAACUAUCCAAACUGCUACACAGACUGGGACAGCCUCUGCCAUCAUGGCUGAGACAGGAGCUACAGAAAGUGAGAUAGCACUGGAGACCAAGAACCAAGCCUCUCAAGAUACUUUUAGUG